CGCCCUCCGUCCGCCUGUCCGGCUCCCAUCAUUCGCCUGCAGCUCGCCGAGGAGACGGCAAGGACCACCGCGGGCUCUGCUCCCACCCACUUCGAGCUUCUCCCGCCCCGCAAUCCCGCUUUUCCACAGGGGUGAAGAUGAGUGCUGAUCCUGGUGAUGAGAUCCUGGUGUGUGCAGUAAAACUUGGAAAAAACUUGUGCCUCUAUUUUGAAGACGACGAUGAGCUGGAAUGUGAUGCCCUUUGCAAGGAAAGGACUCUGUGCAGAGUCCUUCGGAACGUGAACAGCCAGUUGCUGGUGGUUCGCCCGGAUCUCAACCUGGCAGCCUUUGAGGAUGUGACAGACCAGGAGAUGCAAUCUGGCCAAGGGAUGCACUUCACCAUCCACUGCUACAAAACCACCACCCCUGGAGCAGGGAUGCCUGUUGCCUUCAGUGUGCAAAUAGAAAACAAAAGUUAUUACAUGUGCUGUGAGAAGGAACGUGGGGAGAUGAUCGUUCGGUUCAAGGAAGGACAAGUUCCCAAGGACAUUCCUGGUGAAAGUAACAUCAUCUUUUUCAAAAAGAUGUUUACAUCGUGUUGCUCCAGAGCAUUUAAGUUCGAAUACUCGCUGGAAGAAGGAAUGUUCUUGGCCUUUAAGGAAGAAGGCUACUUAAGAAAAUUAAUCCUAAAGAAAUUGUCAGGAAAAGAUGGAGUGGAUGAAACCACGAAGAUAAGUUUAUCUGAAUUCAGUCAAAAUUAAAGUCACAACCUAUGAUGACAGAUUUCAACAGUUUUAAAAUAUAUUUUGGCUUUUUAUAAAAGAAACUUCGGUCUUUCUUUAUCCAAAACAAGCCAGUUUUCUGUUUUAACUACCAUAAAAGAAAUAAACAUUUAAA